UCUGAUUUCUUCUCCCGAGCGAGCUCGGCCGGAGACACAGGCGCUGGCUGCCCCGUCCGCUCUCCGCCUCCGCCGCGCCCUUCCAGCCCGGGAUGGGCCCUCUUGCCGCCACCGGAGCCAUUGCCUCCCGGCCGCCGCCGCCGGAGCCGCACUCGCCCUGAAGCCCCUGCGCGCACCGGCCGGCCCCGCAGCCUCGCCCCUUGCCCGCACCGGCGGGCCUCAGAGCGGUCACGAUGCUGCCGCCCGUGUCCUCCCGCCUCGGGCUGCUGCUGCUGCUGCUCCUGUGUCCCGCGCACGUCGGCGGACUGUGGUGGGCGGUGGGCAGCCCGUUGGUCAUGGACCCCACCAGCAUCUGCAGGAAGGCACGGAGGCUGGCAGGGCGGCAGGCUGAGUUGUGCCAGGAGGAGCCAGAAGUAGUGGCCGAGCUAGCGCGGGGAGCCCGGCUUGGGGUUCGAGAGUGCCAGUUCCAGUUCCGUUUCCGCCGCUGGAAUUGCUCCAGCCACAGCAAGGCCUUUGGGCGCAUCCUGCAGCAGGACAUCCGGGAGACUGCCUUCGUCUUUGCCGUCACAGCUGCAGGAGCCAGCCACGCAGUCACGCAGGCCUGCUCCAUGGGUGAGCUGCUGCAGUGUGGCUGCCAGGCGCCCCGCAGGCGGGCCCCGCCAAGACCCCCUGGCCUGCCAGGCACCCUCGGGCCCCCUGGCCUUGUGGGCUCCCCAGAGGGCAGCGCAGCCUGGGAGUGGGGAGGCUGCGGUGAUGAUGUGGACUUCGGGGAUGAGAAGUCCAGGCUCUUUAUGGACGCCCGGCACAAGCGGGGAGGUGGGGACAUCCGAGCGCUGGUGCAGCUUCACAACAAUGAGGCAGGCCGGCUGGCCGUGCGGAGCCACACGCGCACCGAGUGCAAAUGCCACGGACUGUCGGGCUCCUGCGCUCUGCGCACGUGCUGGCAGAAGCUGCCCCCGUUCCGCGAGGUGGGCGCGGAGCUGCUCGAGCGCUUCCACGGCGCCUCGCGUGUCAUGGGCACCAACGAUGGCAAGGCUCUGCUGCCCGCGGUCCGCAGUCUCAAGCCGCCUAGCGGAGCUGACCUACUCUACGUCGCCGACUCGCCCGACUUCUGCGCCCCCAACCGGCGCACAGGUUCUCCCGGUACGCGGGGCCGCGCCUGCAACAGUAGUGCCCUGGACCUCAGCGGCUGCGACCUGCUGUGCUGUGGUCGCGGGCACCGCCAGGAGAGCGUGCAGCUCGAGGAGAACUGCCUGUGCCGCUUCCACUGGUGCUGCGUAGUGCAGUGCCACCAAUGCCUGGUGCGCAAGGAGCUCAGCCUCUGCCUCUGACCCCCGGCGCAGCUCUCCCAACUGCGUGCAGAGCCGCCUCUCGCUACCUUUGUGACACCUGGGCUCCAGCAGAGGGCGCUGCCUUGGCCCAGUUUACCCUUGCCAAAGUCCAUCUCCCGGGCCCCUGGUAACUGAGGAGGUGAGUCUGGAGAUACACGCGUGCCCAGGAAGGCCCAGGGCAUUGGAGGGACCAUCCCCCUCCCCUAGAGGCACUUUAGAGAGUUCUGGUGGCGAUUACGAGCUCUAGGGAGUUCUCUCUCCUCCGCCCCCAGAUGGAAACCAAAGAGCCCCUCUCUAGGCCUCUGGAUGCGGGCCUCCUCAGAACUGCUGGCCAUGGGUUCUGGGGGUAUGUUUAGUAUCAAUAAAGAUAU